AUGGCUUCACAAGCGAAGAAUGUGGGAAUUCUCGCCAUCGAAAUCUACUUCCCUCCCACUUGCAUCCAGCAGGAAGUGUUGGAGGCUCAUGAUGGAGCAAGCAAAGGGAAAUACACAAUUGGGCUUGGCCAAGAUUGCAUGGGGUUUUGUACUGAGGUUGAAGAUGUCAUUUCGAUGAGUUUGACAGCUGUUAGUUCUCUUCUUGAGAAAUACGGGGUUGACCCAAAGCAGAUCGGUCGUCUGGAAGUUGGAAGUGAGACUGUACUAGACAAGAGCAAGUCUAUUAAGACAUUCUUGAUGCCCAUCUUUGAGAAAAGUGGAAAUACCGACAUAGAAGGUGUUGACUCAACCAAUGCAUGCUAUGGGGGAACUGCAGCUCUCUUCAACUGCGUCAAUUGGGUGGAAAGUAGUUCAUGGGAUGGACGAUAUGGGCUCGUUGUCUGCACAGACAGUGCGGUCUAUGCAGAGGGGCCAGCCAGGCCAACUGGAGGAGCUGCAGCUAUUGCCAUGCUAAUAGGGCCUAAUGCUCCUAUUGUGUUUGAAAGCAAGUUCAGGGGUAGUCAUAUGGCUCAUGCCUAUGAUUUUUACAAGCCUAAUCUUGCCAGCGAAUAUCCAGUAGUCGAUGGCAAGCUUUCUCAGACUUGCUAUCUCAUGGCACUCGAUUCUUGUUAUAAAACCUUCUGUAACAAGUACGAGAAAUUGGAGGGCAAACAGUUUUCAGUUGCUGAUGCCGAAUACGUUGUCUUUCAUUCCCCAUAUAACAAGGUAAUUAGUGAGCAGAAUGCCAGCUACAUUGAUGAGGCUGCUAAAGAAAAGCUUGCUCCAUUUUCGUCUUUAACUAGCAAUGAAAGCUACCAAAGUCGUGAUCUUGAAAAGGCAUCUCAGCAAGUUGCAAAGCCCUUUUAUGAUGCAAAGGUGCAGCCAUCCACUUUAAUUCCGAAGCAAGUCGGCAACAUGUACACCGCAUCAAUCUAUGCUGCAUUUGCGUCUCUGCUUCACAAUAAAAAUAGCACACUGGCUGGGCAGAGGGUGAUCUUGUUCUCCUAUGGUAGUGGUUUGAGUGCCACUAUGUUUUCAGUCCGUUUUAACGAGGGUCAACAUCCUUUUUGCCUAUCCAAUAUUGAAACUGUCAUGAAUGUUUCAGAGAAGUUGAAAUCAAGACACGAGUUCCCUCCAGAAAAAUUCGUUGAGAUCAUGCAGGUAAUGGAGCAUAGGUACGGUGCCAAGGACUUCGUGACAAACAAGGACACAAGUCUUUUGGCGCCGGGCACAUACUUCCUUACUCACGUUGAUUCAAUGUAUCGAAGAUUCUAUUCCAAGAAGCCUUUUGAGAAUGGCUCACUCGCCAAUGGUCACUAA